ACGACCGCAUAUUCUCUCGAGAAGAAGAAGAGUGGCUAGUGGGCUAGCCUAGCUGCAGGCUUUAUUUAGGAAAAUAUGGCUGCUGUGCUUCCCACCAGACCCCCCUGCGACAGUAACCCUGCUACACCUGGAGCACAGUCCUCAAAGGAGGAUGUGAUGGAAGAAGAGUCCAAUGAUGGCAGCCAGCCUCCCAAAAGAAGGAGAAUGGGUUCAGGAGACAGCUCUCGAAGCUUUGACACGUUCAGUCAAGACCUUGGCCCGACAUACUUCCCAGCAGAGAACCUCACCGAGUACAAGUGGCCUGCAGAUGACACGGGGGAGUAUUACAUGCUGCAGGAGCAGGUCAGCGAGUAUCUGGGAGUCACAUCCUUCAAGAGGAAGUACCCUGAUAUGGAGAGAAGAGACUUGUCUCACAAAGAGAAGCUCUACCUGCGUGAACAGAAUGUCAUUACUGAAACACAGUGCACUCUGGGUCUGACGGCUCUGCGGAGUGACGAGGUGAUAGAUCUGAUGAUCAAGGAGUAUCCCGCCAAACACGCUGAGUAUUCGGUCAUACUGCAGGAGAGAGAGCGGCAGAGAAUAGCUAAAGAGUAUUCUCAAAUGCAGCAGCAGAACUCUCAGAAAGUGGAGGCCAGCAAGGUUCCUGAGUACAUUAAGAAGGCGGCUAAGAAAGCUGCAGAGUUCAAUAUUAACUUUAACCGGGAGCGGAUGGAAGAGAGGCGAGCCUACUUUGACCUACAGACACAUAUCAUCCAGGUGCCCCAGGGCAGGUUCAAGGUGCUGGCUCCAGAGCUGACAAAGAGUGGGCCUUACCCUGUGGCUCUCAUACCAGGACAGUUCCAAGACUACUACAAAAGGUACUCUCCCAAUGAGCUACGAUACUUGCCCAUAAACACGGCUCUGUUUGAGCCUCCGCUGGAUCCAGAGCUGCCCGCGCUGGACUCCGAACCAGACUCUGAUGAUCAAGAGGAUGGAAAGGCCGACAAAAAGAACAAGAACUCAUCUGACAGUUCUUCGGGAAACACGUCAGACGUCGAGAGCCAAGAGGGAGGAGGGAAACCAGGGAACAAGUCCAAGGCCAAAGACAGGACAUCCACAGCGGCAAAAGACGGCGGCCAGCGCCAUUCUGCCUCCCACAAAACCCCACCAGGGUACAAGGCAUCAAGCCUCAGUGGAAGCACGCCGCGUUGGCUGGACACUGCUUGUGAUCCUAAGGUCAUUCCCAAUGCUAUAUGUGGCAUUUGCCAGAAGGGCAAAGAGGCCAACAAGAGGGGCCGGCCGGAGGCCCUCAUUCACUGCUCCCAAUGUGAUAACAGCGGCCAUCCGUCCUGCUUGGACAUGAGCAAGGAGCUGGUGGGUGUGAUCCAGACGUACCGAUGGCAGUGCAUGGAGUGCAAGACGUGCAUCGUGUGCCAGCAGCCCCACCAUGAGGACGAGAUGAUGUUCUGUGACAAAUGUGACCGAGGGUACCACACCUUCUGCGUGGGCAUGGACUCCAUACCUACUGGCCUUUGGGUAUGUGAGGUUUGUGAGAAGGAUUGCCCCACGCCCAAGAAGAAGGGAGGAGCAAAAACACCCAAGAAGUCCAAAUCCGCUCAAAAAUGAUCAACAGCAUCAUUGAAGACAAUACCGUGACCAACUUUUACACAAAUGCACACGGCAUUCGUUCAAAGAUUUGAAGAAGUUAACUGUAAUUCAAAAAUAAAUAGAAAAGUGUAUCCCUCCUACCAAACACCAUCAAUACAAACACAGAUACACGGGUUAACACUCGAGGGAACCUGUUUCUCUCUGAGAGCUUCGAUGACAUCUGUAAGGCAGGUGGAUCAUUUGAAUCACAAGCAGUUAAACUGAAUUUCUGUACUUGCCUGACAUAAUCCAGAUUAUGUUGAAAUGGUGAAACGGUGACAUUUUCUCUAUACAUUAUUUUAAAAGACCAAUUUGAAUUCAAAUCCAUCCAAAUGUGCUGCAUAAAUACUGUGAUCCGCUAACCACUAAUACCACCAGUGCAUUCCUACUUUUUUAAUCUUAUAGUUUCUGUCUCACAACAGUUGAGAGAAUGGUGCUUUUGACCCAGUAUGAUUGGGGAAAAAAACAAAACAAGACCUCAGUUACCUUCAAAACAACAUGUUUGUAUGGCUUUGUAUUUUUAGUACUUUAAAUAAACAUGUAUUUAAUUAGGCAGGCCAGUAAAGAGCAAGCUUAUUUAAAUUAAGUCUCACAAUGAUGACACGAUUCUGUAUAAUGAAAUGGAGCCUCUUGGCUGAGGCAGGUAUUUAUUUGUCAGUUAUUACUAAAAGAUGUUGUCAGACUUAACAGCUAUUCAUUUUAUUGUUAACCAUCCACUAUUAAUGAAUAUACACAAAUAUAACCACUUAAAGUAAUCUAAUGGAAAUGUAACAUCCACCAGCUACAAUUAGAUCAUGUCUAUUUUUGUGUUUAGUUUGAAUGAUUAAAUUCCUUUUUAAAAUAUUUUGUAAUGUCUCUCCAGUAAGCAGUUUAAGACAUAUGUGUAGGUAAUAAUGUCGUAGUCACUGAAUUGUUUGUGUAUUUUAUUUUUUUUAUAAAUAAAACAUACUUGUAAAAUA